GAGUUCGGCGGCCCGUCAGAGAUGUGCCUGGGCUUCGAGUCCCUCGAGGACACCAUGGGCGGGGACGGCCUGCUCUCCGAGGCGACGUUCUUCCGCGGCUGCCAGCACUUCGGGUUCGAGGCGAGCCACGAGGACCUCAUGGAGCUGUUCUGCCUCUUGGACGCCGAGGAGAUGGGCGCCGUGGCCGCCGAGGACGUCAUGUUCCUGGAGGUGGACGUGAAGAAGCGGGAGGGCGCCCUGAAGAAGGCGAAGGAGAAGCGGGAGGCGCAGUACAUCAAGGAGCUGACGGCCGCGUACCGCGACGACGUCACCAACGGCCUCCCCUGGCACCACCGGAGGGCGCCGCGGGCGUGGAACGCG